AUGCGCUUUCAGAAGAUUAGAAUAAUCGAGAGUGUACAGGAACUACGAUGGCAGUUCCGGCGCGGUCAGGGGCUUGAUAAGACACCACGUCUGAGUCAGAGAGGCAGUACAUUUCAAUCUCCGCUCGGGUAUAUAUACCCCAACCCUCCAGCGAUCUUCGUGAAGACCCUCACUGGCAAGACCAUCACCCUCGAGGUGGAGUCCUCCGACACAAUUGACAAUGUGAAGGCCAAAAUCCAAGACAAGGAGGGCAUCCCUCCCGACCAACAACGUCUCAUCUUCGCCGGAAAGCAGCUUGAGGAUGGCCGCACCCUGUCUGACUACAAUAUUCAGAAGGAGUCUACUCUCCACCUCGUUCUGCGCCUCCGUGGUGGCAUGCAGAUCUUCGUGAAGACUUUGACAGGCAAGACCAUCACUCUUGAGGUCGAGUCCUCCGACACUAUCGACAACGUGAAGGCUAAGAUUCAGGACAAGGAAGGCAUCCCGCCCGACCAGCAACGUCUAAUCUUCGCCGGGAAACAGCUCGAGGAUGGACGCACCCUCUCCGAUUAUAACAUCCAGAAGGAGUCUACCCUUCACCUCGUCCUCCGCCUUCGUGGUGGAAUGCAGAUCUUUGUCAAGACCCUGACGGGCAAGACAAUCACCCUCGAAGUUGAAUCGUCCGACACAAUCGAUAACGUCAAGGCCAAGAUUCAGGACAAGGAGGGUAUUCCUCCCGACCAGCAACGCCUCAUCUUUGCCGGCAAGCAGCUCGAAGACGGACGCACCCUUUCUGACUACAACAUUCAGAAGGAGUCAACUCUUCACCUCGUCUUGCGUCUUCGUGGAGGGAUGCAAAUCUUCGUUAAGACGCUCACAGGAAAGACCAUCACCUUGGAGGUCGAGUCCUCUGAUACGAUUGACAACGUAAAGGCUAAGAUUCAGGACAAGGAGGGCAUCCCGCCUGACCAGCAACGUCUCAUCUUCGCUGGCAAACAACUCGAGGAUGGUCGCACCCUUUCCGACUAUAACAUUCAGAAGGAAUCGACGUUGCAUCUCGUCCUCCGCCUUCGUGGUGGAAUGCAAAUCUUCGUCAAGACCUUGACCGGCAAGACCAUCACCUUGGAGGUCGAGUCGUCCGACACCAUUGACAACGUCAAGGCAAAGAUACAGGAUAAGGAGGGCAUUCCUCCCGACCAGCAACGCUUGAUUUUCGCCGGCAAGCAGCUUGAAGACGGACGCACACUCUCUGACUACAACAUUCAGAAGGAGUCCACGCUUCACCUUGUCUUGCGUCUUCGUGGAGGCGAGUGA